GACAUUUCCAAUCAGAGGCUUUCAAAUUUAUGAUGGACCUAUUCAUCUUACCAAGUGCACAUUCAAAAAUUUUGUGCCAACUCCGGACAGGUUUACCAGUGCAGUUGGAUUCUUGAUGAAAAAUCCAUGGCAGAUGACACCAAAAAACAACAUUUCUCUUGUGAAGUUUGGUCCGAAUGUUUCUUUGAAAGUCUUCUUUGGAAAACCUGGUCCCUGGUUUGAAGAAGGAGAUCUGGAUGGUGACAAGAACUCAAUAUUCCAUGAUCUAGAUGGUUCAGUGACUGACUACAAGGAUACCUAUGUGGGCAGAAUGGAUAAUUACUUGAUUCAACAUCCCAAAUGCGUUAAUAUUACAGAGUGGAGUGGAGUGAUUUGCAGUGGGAACUAUGCACAGGUUUAUGUUCAAACGUGGAAUGGACAGAAUUCUUCAAUGAGUAUUGUUCGAGAUGAGUACCCAGCCAAUCCCAUGAUUCUUCGAGGUAUUAAUCAGAGAGCUGUCUUUCAACAAUACCAGCCAGUAGUGAUGCUCCAAAAGAGCUACACGAUACAUUGGAAUGGAAAAGCUCCAAAUGUUACUUAUCUUUAUCUCAUUAACUUCAACAAGAAUGACUGGGUUCGUGUUGGUCUUUGUUAUCAACCAAACACAGAUUUUGUUAUAACAUUGGAAACCUUUCAAAGGCGGUCAUCUGCUCAUCUGUCAAGCAAGGUGGAGCGCUACAUGCCUGUAUCUUCAAUGAUGGAGCUCGAAAAGAAUCGAUCAGACAAGAAGUUUUAUUUUGACAACAGUACUGGGUUACUAUUUUUAUUUCUUCAAGCCAAAUAUAAUAGGGAUGGUCACAGUUAUUGCUCAUCUCAGGGAUGUGAAAGGAUCAAGAUUGUGACCAAAGAUUCAGCAGAAGGGAUCAGUAACUGCAUGGCAAAAGCUUACCCAAAGUACUACCAAGGACCAACCAUCAUAAAGCAAAUGCCAGGCAAAAGUACUGUACCAUGUACAAGAUGCGGCACGUCUCAGAUGGUAUUCACCAGUGAUCCUCACAAAAACUACCUCCUUGUGCAGAUUAAUUCAUCUGGUAAAAAAGAGUUAAGCAGAGGUCACCAAGCAUUUAUUUCUGUCAAUGGCACUGUGUUUUCAUUCAAGGAAAAUGGUAUGCUUAUUGUUGUAGUUGAUGUCUGCAUUGGCACAGUGUUGGGAAACAAAUUAUUUUCUGGGGUAGACAUUAAUCAUGUAGAUGGAUAUCUAAAAUACGGAAUUCCACAAAGGUCUAUUGUUCUACUGAGCACAAGAGGUGAUGUAAUAAUCCCUAAUAAUUUAUCACAAGCCUUAAUGUCCCUGGGGACAGCCAAACCACCUUACCUUCAGAGCAACGGAAGCCUGGCCUUUCUAGGCUUCAGAGGAAGCUUUAAGCCAUCUUGGAUCAAGCUAUUUACCAGUCCUGCUGGGCACGGGCUCAUUCAGGUAGAAAAGUAUAUUCCAUUACAACUGGAAGAGUAUGGCUGUGCCAGAGCAAUCAAAAACCGACGGAAAGACCUUGAGCUUCUGAAGAAGGCUACACAAUCUCAUUAA